AUGGACUCGAGCUUAGAUCAGGCCCUUCAAGAAGGGAAGCUCCUGCGCCAGAUUGACGCGCUGAUCGUUGCCCACCUCCGUGAGCACAAUCACCACCACGUAGGCUUCUCUUUCCACUUUCGGAUGUUUCCUCCAUCUGGGUUGCCUUGGUUUUGGUGUCGUGGAACGUUUAUCCCUCUCUCUCUCUCUCUCUCUCUCUCUCUCUCUCUCUCUCUCUCUCUCGCAGGCUGCUGCUUCAGUGGCUUCGGCGACGAUGACACCGUUGAGCAGCGCUGAAGCUCUUCCUAACAGACUUGUUGAUCUUGUUGCAAAGGUUUUCAUUUUAUUUGCCUUCACAGUCAUCGUCGUCAUCUUUUUCAUAAUCUAGGCAGGGUGAAAGGUUUCCUUCCGGCUUUUCCACUUCUGGGUGCUGAGGUGACUGCAGGGUCUUGCAGUGGAGAGAGACGAUGCAUCUAGGGGAGUUCAGUCUGGCUCUCUGUUAGACGCUCUAUCAGCGGCGUCUGGCAAGCACCGUUCAGCGCCUGCUGCCUCUGGCGCUGUCGAUUUCAGGUGACUUAUUCUCGUUGGUUUCAACCUAUUGCUCCUCGAUUUGUGGAUUAUCAUAGGUGUAAGGCUAUUCUAAGAAAUUUAGUGUCACAACAGAUUGCCACUAUUCCUUUAAGAAUCUGGAUCAUAUGCAUUGAUGCCAACAAAGGAAAAUAAGGAGAUCGAGAUUCAACAAAAUUUAUGUCCAGAAAAUUUAUAAUUCUUAUAACUUUAAUGAUUAUUCGAGGAAAUUCCUAAGCUUGCUCAAUUUAUAUUCGCGCUCAUUAUACACAUCCUCAAAUGACAUAUGCAUGUCUACUGUGACCAGUUCUGUCUGAACUCUGUUCUAAAGACAAUGCAUGCUCAAAUGACACACGCAUGCAUUGUCUUCACACAAUUAUCACACACCAAUUGCAGAACGACAGAAAAGGCACCCUCUGUCUAUUUUCAUGAGCGAGGUCUUUAUCUGUUCAUGUUGCUAUGCGCAACAUGAUCCACAGGGAUCAGGGAAACACAUUGUCUGCUUCCCUGUUUUAAUUGAGGAAUGGGCGUGUACGACUGAUGACUGGGUUUCCAAAGACGAAUUGUGGAGAGCUGGAGAAAGAAAGAAAACCAACUUCCAGAGAGAAUGUAUAUGGCAGUGGUAAUAGAAAAUGAAGAAAGAUAUGGAAGAGCCCUACUACUACUCUUUGAGCCUACAGUUUCUGAGCUCUAUUCCAGGAAUUGGUCGGGCAACAAGGGUUUGUAAGGGGUUGAGGCGUUCUGGGUACCUAGGCAAUAUGGUGCUGUAACAAAUUAAGGUUGAGCCUACAAGCUCACAGUGGUGAAAAGGAAAAUUAAGAAAUGUAAGUUGAUUCCAAGUGUCAAGCUGUUUCAGUAAAAGGCCAUGGAAGUGUGAUUUUUCCAAUAUGGUUUCAGGUCAUGUUACUCAUUUCACUGUGUGGCAUUAAAUUCAUGCUCUGUAUUAGAGACUCCAAAUUGAGGAUUUCCCUUUAGAUAUAUAAUUAGCUGUAUAUCUUUUAUACAGGUUUAAUUUGUCCAAAAAAUGAACUUACCUUACUUUGUGGAUUUAUUUUUUGUCUAUUUUAGUAUUCUUUUGAUUUUUUUCCUCGCUCCUGGAUAAUGGUUGCUACUUGAGCUUCCCUUUCUUAUCACCCUUUCCUUGUUUUUGCUGAGCUGCUAACCACAUUAUUAUGAAAACCAGUGCUGUGCAGGAAACAAAGGGUACCUCCAAGAAUUUUCCAAAGCAUGAUACAAGACAUAUUUCAGAGCAUAAGGUCGGGCGAACGGUUCUGCUUUUUCAUCAACGCCUUGAUACUUCGGAUUAAUGAUCAUAUCUUGAUUGAACAUUUUUUUACAAUUAGCAUAGGGAGUAAACUUAGUUUACUGAAAAUAAUAAACAAGGAUAUUUCAGAGCAUAAGGGGCUAUUAAAAGAUUAUGCUUAUAUGGCCCAUCUCAGUGCGACUAAUGCCAAAUAUUGUAUCAUUCCGAGAAUUUUGACUGAGAACCUCUCCAGAUCUUGGAUGUGAGAAGUGUUCAGAUGGCGCUAUUUAAUCACUCUCUAGGAGAAGAAAAUAUAGAUCAUUUGGGGUCUCUCAAAUUACUGGCCUUCGCAAGAAAUUUCUAAUUUUAAGUUCUAGUUAAAAGAAUAAAUAAAUUAAUAUUCGAGCUCCAAUUCUGAACAUUAAAUUUCUAAACCUUUACUUGCCAUAAAGUUGAUCGUGCUAUUAUGUAAAUACUAAUAAACGUAGGAGUUGAGUGACAAAACUAUUUAUUAGAUGUAAAUUUCUUAAAUCCGAAUUUCAUAGAAUUUCAACUUGAAGAACUAUUCUUAGUAAUUAGAAACAAUUUUAGAUUUUAAAUAAAAUCCUUAAUAAUAGUUUAUUAAAUUGUUGGCAUUCCUUGGUUGGGAAGUGGAAUGGGGUUCUGUCCAUUGUGAGAACACUAACAAGAAACUUUGGAGAGAUUGGAUAGGAGGAAACAGGUUUUGUUGCUUAAAACUUGCAGCUGAAACCCUGAAACUGGGGAAGAGUGUGUUGGUAUGCCUGAGAAUUACGGUGACUAACGAACAUGUGGGCAUUCAUGUCUCCUGUUAAUUCUCUCUACUUGACACAUAGCUGUGAUUAUUUUAACUCGAGGUUUUUUAGCUUUUAAUUUAACUAAGAUUUUAGAUACUUGAUCAAUCACUAUAAUUAGGGUUAUAAUUGAGAUUUGAAGUCUGACUAGGAAUAUAAUUAGGGUUAGAAAACGUCCAAUUGGUUCAUGACAUGAGUUGCACGUACAGACAUGGAAAAUCUACUUAAACAAACGUCCAUCAGCAUUUACUUUUUAAGAUUUUUUUCGUAGUUUCUCUUAACAUUGUCCUAAUCCGGUGGGGAAGGUCUUUGAAUUUAUAUUCCGCUCAAAUCGAAUGCAUACCCUGCUAAUUUUAGAAAUCACAGAAGACUGAAUUUUAGCUUGUUUCAAGACCUUCAACUAGUAAAAUAAGUUCCUUCUUAUGACUUUGAUAAAAGGAAAUACCCAAAUGAUUUAUUCUAACUGAAAGGAUGCCAACGUGAGAGAGAAAAACUUGGGUUUCAUCAUGGAGAAAAGAUUGUGUGCCGAAUAAAGGGCAACUAUAGUUGAUAAUGAGAGCAUGACAUUUAGACAGCACCUGCCAAAAACUUUCAAUACUUCCGAUGAUUUAAGCAGAGGCCACCAUGUCCACACUAGAGAAUCAAUGGAGAAACCUCAUAUGACAAUCCCCUCUGCAAGAGCUGAGGUACCACCACCCACUUCUCCUAACCGCUUUUUGAUUUCAUCAUCUCGCUUCUCUGGAGCUGAAAUAAUUAUAGUGAACUAGGCCCCUUCAGAAAGUUAGCUGGAUCUUUGAUUUGGUUGGUAAAUAUAACUAAAUUUGAGUCAAUUAGAUGUCUUUUAGGUUUAUUGUUUAAUGUGUACAUCUGCCACGAUUAUAUGUGGCUUGCCUUGCUCAGGUUCAUACUGUUAUCCCCGAUUGUUGUAAUUGGGUAUUGGAAGAAGGAUGAGAAGAGGGGAAGAUAGGGUGCAACUUGCCAGUACUGGUCAUGAUAUUAGAAUGGAUAGAAGCAAAAAAUCUGAAUUAGGCGCUAGAAACUAGAUUUUGUGUGUGACUGCUAAAUACUCAAAAGAAAAUGUCAAUUUCCCGAUUUACAGGGUGAGGAUUCUCUUAUACAUGAAAUUGGAUUUAGUUUUGCGUUUUGAUUUUUCUCAGUUAACAAUGUACCUACCUUGACACUUUCUUAGAAAGGUUGGAACUUGUCCUCUGCUUCAGGUGUUGUUGCUACUGGUAGUUCUGCUUCUUCUUCUUUUUUUCAUCAUUGGCUUCUUCUACACCUCAUCUUUGUUCUUCUGAUUCUCAUCAUCCACUGUCUUAGUUCUCCCUUCUCUCCAUCUCAUUCUCUGCCUUUUUUCUCUCUGAUCGUUCAUAUUCUCCCUUUAUCAUCCUGUCCUUAUUUGCUUGCGUUUUUCCUCAAUGGUUCAACCGAGUGAAACGCAGUAAAAUUGUGCAAAGUUGGCCUGGAUGGUUCUGACAAAUACGUGGCAAUGUUUGACCAGAUUCAACGUUACAGAAUUUUAGAGUAAAGUCAUUGAUUGAUUGAUAAUUAUAUUGCCCUAAGUGAUCCCCAUACGGCGGCAGGAAUUUCCGACGAUGAUUUCUUCCUCUCUUUCUUUUUCACUGGAACUAAGUUUGCUGCUUCUGUGCUUUAGGUGUAGCAAUAUAAGUAAAACUUUUCAAUGUUCUUCAUGAAUUUCAGGUUUUUUUUAUAAUUUCACAUUCUGUUACUCAGCUGUUUUGCUCUUUUCCUGAUUCACACUGAAACGAAGUCUUUUGAUUUCUGUAGAAUAUCGCACGGUGCUCCAGGUUUAGUCCUGACGGGCGUUUUGUUGCAACUGGCAGUGCUGAUACAUCAAUCAAACUCUUUGAGGUCAUCUAUGCGUCUGAAAUCCCACUUUGUUUGUGCAUAGUUCUUGAUCUUGACUUUUUAUUUAUUGUAGGUUUCAAAAAUCAAACAAUUGAUGCUUCCAGAGUCUCGUGAUGGACCUAUCCGACCUGUUAUCCGGACUCUUUAUGAUCAUGCUCAGGUAGCUUUAUUCGUCAAACUUUCGUAAGAUUUACUGUUCUGACUUUUUUAGGAAUGGCUUUUUUGAGGUGCUACCAAUGUCAGGAUUUGUCUUUUCUUUAUCGCUUCAAUAUCCUAGACCAGUACGGCAAAGAAGAUCUCUUUUCUUUGUCAAAUGUCUGCUGAUUUCGCAGAAGUAAGAGACCUGCCAUCAAAUAGCAUUUAUGUUUUCACCAACGUGGAGUGUCAGUAUUGAUGAUCAUCUAGGGAAAAUUUCCUAAGAUACCGUGUCCUCUCAAUUUUGCUCAUAAAAUUUGCUAUCUUGGCGUAUAUUUUUCAAAUUUCAAGGACCAGUACGUAUUAGCUAUAACUAAAGUACCUAAUGGAAGGCUUGUAUGGUUGGAGAUCAGUUUCAAUCUUUUUGUCCAUUGACUGCUCUAUUUCUUCUUGGGGUACUGAUCAUGCAUCUUGUGGCCGCAGGUAGCACACUAGUUUAUGCUAGGCAUGACGUCGUUUACCUUCAUUGCCCAUGGAUGUCAGCACCUCCAUUGUUCUCCUGGCAAUCCUUCCUUGUUAUCCCAUGGCAAGGUUGAUCUGGAUCAGGGUUCAAAGGCGGGGUAGAAAGUGUUUUUACAAAAUGCUCGAUAUGAUAUUGUGUUUAAAGUUUGUAUUCGAAGUAUUAAAUAAAUUUGAAUGUAAGAACCAUUUAAUGUUGAUGCCAUGACGGAAAUUAUGUUGAUAUGUCAAUUAAUGGGCGUUUUUCUCGUUCAAUUAAUGGGACAAGUAUGCUUUUGUAUUUGUAUGAUAUAUAUUACAGUUAAUGUUGUCAAUUUUUUAAAUAAGAUGCACCUCUUUACACAGCCUUUAUUUGAUUGUUCCCUGCGUCUUUCAGGCUAUCAAUGACCUGGAUUUUCAUCCUCAAAACAACAUUCUGAUAUCUGGAUCCAAAGAUCACACAAUCAAGUAUGUGUCACUAUAUGAAUAACGUUUUAUAGUUUCCUUCCUAGGCAGGGGAAUAGUUUGAAGUUAUUGCUUCUGUUUAUUGGUCGAUUAAUCUAAUUCUGAGUUUAGUGCUAGUUCUGUAAUCAUAUUAUUUUUGAAGCUUGUCUCAUCUUUCACUCUCCAUGUUACAAAAGCUCUCAACUCGUGUCUUUAUGAAACUUUAUUUACUUUUUCUAUCAGUUUGGUAGUCGUGUGUGAUAAUAAAUAAAUAAAUAAUAAUGAUCACAGUGUAUUUUAAGAAAAGCAUUUUACAUGCAAAUGUUCUGAUUCUCACCAGCGCUUUCUAGAUUGUAAUUUUGACGUCAUAAGCUCCCUUAAACCUAGGGCAAUGGAGGUCAUGGUCUGAAAUCCUCUGCAUAAACCUAGGAUUUGGGCAGCUCUAGAAUUCUUGAUAUCACUCAUCCUUCCGCGGAAGUUAUUCAUUGGAACUGAUACUUAAAAGGGUAGUUGAAUCGUUCUCUUGUGCAUUAUUGUCAUACUUUGACAAUUAGUCUUGUGAAUUGUUAGGUUGGUCUCAUAUUUUGGUUAGUAUAAAAGCAAAUUUGUGGUCUCAAAGACAAUCCAAAUUCACCCAUAGCCUACUGACUUCAUACUGGAUAGCCAAAGAAAUUUAACGUGAUAUCAGCAUUCUAGAGCUGGCAAAGCUCAAUGUUGCUCUGCAUAUGACUGAGCUUGCUAGAACAACUCUCGCAUUAGUUAACAUACAGGUAAGCUUGUUGUCGAAAAGAUAAGCUUUAUCCUGUUAUCACCAAUUGAUUUGAGUUGGAUCGCCCAAUAUCCUUAACAAGGUUUUAUUAUCAUCACAGCGGCUUUUCACAAAAGUAUUUUUUUCAAGUUACUGUUGAAGAAUAUUCCUGUUGUUGCCAUAUCAAUAUGCAUGUCAUAGAUCCUCAUUAGGUCUUUCAUCUUCAUUGUUUCAUUUAUAAAAACUAAAUCUCCAUCUUCAAAGAAGCAUUUAUGGUGUUUUUCAUUUCCAUUCUCGUACCCAAUGGUCAGGUAAAUACAUUCUCACAUCAAAUUUCAUGAUUGGCCAAAUCACGUGAGAAUACACAUAAAUCACGCCAAACCCUCGCAUCAUGUCAGAAGACUUUAUUGUUGGGGAGCCUAUUGAUCUCUCCCUGCAGAUGAGACUCUGAUCCCUAGCAUCAUAGAAUUGAACCAGAUUGGGACCUCUAAAUGAAAUCGAGUCGUAUAUACCUGACAUAUUAUUAUUUUGGAAUUCUGAGUUGAGAAGGAUAAGCUUUGAAUUGUGCUGUAGACUUCUCUCUGGAGCAAGAAAUUUUACUAAGCUUGUAAUAAUGUCUGUGAACACAUUAUUUCACACUAUUGCGCAUGCUGCAUUGUUUUUUGACAUAACCUGGUACGAUUGAAUGAGUUCUCACAUGCUGGAUAUUUACUAGCCUAGUCAAAAGAUGCCCACCUCUGUGCCGUAUUUUGUCUGAUAUUUUCUCUGUUUGUCUCCUCGUGUGACAAGUUGACCCGUGUUAGAUAAAAAAGAAGGAAUUCUUAGAAAUUCUGGUAUAUGAUGGUCUGCAAUAAGUAAUUGAAAAGAGAGAUAAUUUUUAAUUUUCUAUGCUUUUCAGGUUCUUUGAUUUUUCCAAAACAGUUGCAAGGAGAGCUUUUAGAGUUAUUCAGGUUAUGCAAGCACCUGUUACUUACUGCCAGUGAUAGAAUUUGUUUCUUUCUACUUGAUGGCGUUUCUUUAACUUUCACUCAAUUCAAGCAGGAUACCCACAAUGUGAGGUCUGUGUCAUUCCAUCCUUCUGGUGAAUUUUUACUGGCAGGUAUUUUCUCACUAGGUUUGCAAGUUUGACUUUUCAUAAUACAUUUGGAUACAUCGGACAUUUUCGCUAUUGAUUUUAGUUAUCUUGAUUCUGGAAGGACGAAGUCAUGCGACAAUCAUUUAUCUACUUGCCUCCUUUAGAAACCAUUCAUCAUUAUCCACCAUUGAAUCUAAAUGCUAAGUCCCAAAAUCCUCUUGGACCUACCUUUUUUCGUGCUCUUGUGUGUAUUUUCAUGCUUAUUUCAAUCAAGAGCUGCAAUUGAACGAGGUAGUAUUAUCAACAAUUUAUAUAUAAUAUAUAGAUUUUGGGACUUUGAAUACCAGCCUUCGUGCUUGUGGAGGAAUGCCCUGUUUUCUUACAAGCAGCUCCAGCUCGUCAUGGGGUUAUCUGUCAGAUCGAGCAUGGGAUCCAAAAACAUAUUUUUCAUCCCUCACAUGUUAAGGGUGAGUAACUAAGCACUUCAAGGGUGACUAAGGGCAGUUGGGAAACUAGAUGAGAGAGUCCAAAAGGAUCAUUAGAGAUGGGCUGAUUGGUGAUUAUCUCGUCUUUGAAUUCAACAACCGAGUGGAGUUUGCUGAUUAUUUGUCAUCUACCAAAUUGGAAAUGGGCGGCUAAACUGAUGGCAUGGUGGUAUCAAAACAUCUAGUUGAAUGCCUGAAAUAUGAGUCUCUUGGUAAGUUUACUAAUCUGGAGUUAAGCGUUUUUUUUUAUGAUUAUUACGCCAAGUAUGGUGAUGAAAUUCUAGGUAGUGCUUCUUGUGCUGGUAGAUUUAUUUACCUUCUCGAAUGCAUUUGAAUAAUUUAUAUGAGUAUCAUGACAAUAUAUUACUAACCUCAGUGGCUCGUAGUCAGCCUUAUCACCUUAGCAAACACCUUGGUAGCCUUGAUGGCUUUGAUGAAAACGAGGAGGGGGGCCCCCAGCUGCUAACCAAAAAAAGAAACUUGAUAUUCUUUGAAAUUCCUGACUGGCUCCCAGCCUAAGGAAACGAAGUAGAUGCCGCUUGUCAGUUCUGAAUUCGAUUCAAAUCUUUUUAUUGCAAUUGAUAUUACAGGUACAGACCAUCCCAUCCCCCAUCUGUAUGAUAUCAAUACCUUCCAGUGUUACCUGUCUGCCGACAUGAAAGACUUGGGUUCCAAUGCUGUCAUCAACCAGGUGCGUUAGUUGGUUUAUCUGAAAAUUUGGCCUCUACAAGAUUUGGUUGACCAUGGACUUUCAUGUCUCUCCUCUCUCCUUUUUUUGUAGGUGAGAUACUCGAACUCGGGGGCACUGUAUGUGACAGCAUCCAAAGAUGGUGCUAUUCGAGUGUGGGACGGGGUGACUGCUCAAUGUGUGCGCACCAUUACUCAGGCACAUCGCUUGUCUGAGUCCACUAGUGCAAGGUUCACGAAAGAUGGAAGGUAAAAGAUGUCAUGAGUCAAACUCUGUUGCAGCAUACUUUGUAUUUAUGUAGUGAUUUAUUUCUGUAAGUGGGUAGUAACAUGUGCUCACUAAAUACCAUAAGGAGUAAGGCAUGCGGAUGUAAGUGUUCUGUGAAACUUUCAAAGUUUUCCUGCAGAACAACUACAUUCUACACCAAGGUGGUGUAGGCCAUGCAGUUGACUGGAACUCCCAAGAUGACUAAGUCAACUCAGAGAAAACAUUAACAUCUAGGAUUUGUGUGGCUAUUUUUCUUUUUUUUCUGAAUGAUUUCACAUUCAAAUUGAUCCUUUAAAUCACCCUGUCUAUGACUUGAAUCAACAGGUUCAUCCUUUCUUGUGGGAAGGAUUCUGCCAUAAAGCUGUGGGAAGUGACUUCAGGUAGGCUUGUCAAGCAGUACCUUGGCGCAGUUCACACACAGCUGCUUUGCCAGGUUGGUUGACCUUCAUCAAUCUGCUUCCUACACAGGGCAUCUCUUCACAGUGAUUUUCUGUGUCAUCCUUCAUUUAAUCUCUAACUAUGCAAUGUAAGAGUAGCCAAGAAGUUUCUCUCCAGGGGAAAUACCCCUUUUUUUUUCCUCCCACAAUCCACUGGGAUUGUUGGGAUUUUGGUUAACUCCCUGGCAAACCCCAGAUCAAUGGGGUAUGACUUCAUGAUGAUUAUAAGUCUACAUAAUUUCUUUGACAUAUUAUUCACCUUGGGAAUCUUCUCUGUCACUGCAGGCCGUUUUCAAUGAGACUGAAGAAUUUGUGCUCUCGGUGGAUGAAGUAAAAAAUGAGGUCACUCCGGCCAUACCUUACAUUAAAUUCCUGAUUCUUGGAGUGUUCAAUGUCAUUCCCUGAAUGGAAUGGGGGUGCCCAAAUGGCAGGUUGUGGUCUGGGACGCAUUAUCUUCAGAGAGGGUGGCGAGAUGGCCAUCCAACCAUGUGGGAGCCCCAAGGUGGAUUGAACACUCCCCAACUGAGGCGGCCUUCAUCACCUGUGGAGGUGACAGAUCCAUCAGAUUUUGGAAGGAAGUAUGA